AUGAGUGAAAUGUCCAAAAGACCCGGAACCACGCCUGACUGUGGGGAGACGGAAAUGACGCCUGCUUCGGAUCCUUGCCAUGAGAUGCAUGCCGAUUACACGGAUUCCGAUGAUAUCUAUGACGAUGAAAUAUCGGGCUUGACUGAAGAAGAAAUCCGUGUGCUUGAGGGUAAAACAGCGGAAUUGUGUCAUGAAUGA